GAGGCAGUUUGCUCCAGUUUCUGCUUUGGAUGAGACGUCACCUGUUGUAACUCACAAUAAAAGACUACAGCAGGAAAAAUCCCUUAAUUUAACCUAAUUAAGGCUUCACGAUGGAAAACGUCGCAGUUCCAAGACGAAACCACACCAAUAAGAAAGGAAACAAGGAAAAUGCUCAGCCUGCACAUGGAAGCAAGUCCUUAACCAAAAGAGACAAAACGACAGUUACUCCCUUCCAACUGACAAACAAAAAAGAGGAAAGCUUGUCAGUAAACUGCCCUCUCAAAGCCAAGGCACCAACAAAGUCAACAUCUGAAACCCUAAAGAAGGUUAAGACUUUGCAGAAAGACGGGAAAAUGGCUGCUACUGACGUCAAACAACGUCAAACGCACAGCCAAGCCUUCCUCACCCAACAGGCUGCGAGGAUUCAAAAAAUAGUUGCAGAAGCUCCAAAGCCACAGGCUGCUUUGCCAUCAUCAAAAUCCGCUCCGGGCAUGUACAAAGGCAAGAUUGUCCAGUCAAAAAUCGGAUCCAUCUGGAAGUCAACUUCCUCCCUGGGUGCGGCAGAUCCCAAGCCAUCAGCACCCAAAACAGAAGGCCAGAGGGGCGGAAAUGUGACAAAACACAGGUCCAAAUCUGUUGUCGACUUAACUAGGCAUGUAGCACAAAAACCUGUGCCAACAAGGUCAAAGUCAGUGUCGGAUAGAUCUGCUCAGGUGUCCAAGCCUGCUGUCACCAGCCGCCCUCCUGCUGGGUUCCACUCUGCUCGCCCUGCCGCCAGAACCCUCCCAGCAACACAAGCCAGUACCACCUCCAGAAACACUAAAGUGGCUCCAAUCAAGAGAAGCGAGACGCAAAACUCAAAACCAAAGGUUACAGCGACGGAAAAGAAGGUCAACAAACCAGUUUCAAGUGCUCAGAGUCAGUACAGAUUCACAGUGGAGACUGCAGAGGAAAGAAGAGCGAAACUGGCCGAGUGGCUAGCCUCCAAGGGCAAGACGUUCAAGAGACCAGCCAUGACAACAGCAGAACCGCCUAAAACCAAAGUCUCUGCAAAACCUGACGCUGAUCUCAAACCCCAGUCUCACACGGAGCCUCAGCCGGCUGCACCGUGCAACCCUGAACCCGAACCCAGACUGGAAGCACACGAGCCAGAACCUGCAACUACACACAGCCACACUCCAGUACUCAUGAACACCACUCUGGACCUGCUCGAAAACUCUGAUGCAGAUCCGCCUGUUGAACCACAGGACAGCGUGGAUGAUAUUGUUGUGAACCUGUGUGAAGCUCUGGAGGCCAUGGAGACGCCCUCUAGAUGCGACGAUGUUUUCCAGGUGACAGAUUUGUGCAAUAAUGUUGAAAUGGUGCACAAGAAACCAAAGGAUGAAUGUAAAGACGAGGAGCCGAAGAGGGAAACACCUGAGGAUGUCAGCGAGCAGCCGAAGGUCGAACAAGUGAAGGACAAAGCAGAAGAAAGUGAUGACCAGAGAGUGGAGACGGAUGAUGAAGAAGUGGAAAGUGAUGAUGAUGUGGGUGUCAUAGAGACCACGCCACAGAUGGAGAACGCCUCAGUGAUAAAGUACAGCGUGAAGACCACUCCGUACCUGCAGAGUGUGAAGAAGACAAUCGCAGAUGAGGUCGGCACAAGUUCAUCCAGGAGAAAGAGCAACAUCAAAGACCUGAAGUUUCUGACCCCGGUGCGCCGUUCAUGCCGCAUCCAGCGCAAAUCCGCCCGCCUGCCGACGAUGCUGGUGGAUCACGAUCCCUGCGUGUCGUCACUGGCUGAGCUGGUGAAGCUGGACGACGAUCCCAACGCCUACAUCUACAGGAAAAACGAGGCACUCAUGGAAGAUCUGCCAGACCAGCCCAGCCUGUGAGAGCUCUGUAAAUAUGUGCUGUUUAAAAAAAAAAAAAAUUAAGAAUGGGACUGGAGCUAACAGACACUUUAUACCGAUACUUUUAACUGGUUUUAUUAAGCUGAAUGUGUCUGAAUAAAGACUUUUUAUUGUUUUAUUGUAUUGGAAAGUUAACAUUAUUCUCGUCUUUUUAUCAGACUUUCUUCUAACGCUAUUGUUCAUUUUAAUAUGAAGUUCACAUGUAUUGCAAAUGCACUACAAUAAAAGAACACUGCCUUAUCUUAAAGUUGUGCUGUGAUACAAGAUUUCUGAAAAAAUACUGAAUGCAUCUUUAUCAUUCAAAUCUGGCCCCAAUAGGGUACCGGUUGGCCCCCCAU